GGGGCCGCGCGGCCACCCCCGAGAUGUUUAACCGGGCCGUGAGCCGGCUCAGCAGGAAGCGCCCGCCGUCAGAGAUAAAUGACAGCGAGGGUCACCCAAGCAGCAGCCACCAAACCUUGAAAGGAACCUCAAAAUGGGCUACAUCACUGGAGAACCUCCUCGAAGAUCCAGAAGGAGUGAAACGAUUUAGGGAAUUUUUAAAGAAAGAAUUUAGUGAAGAAAACGUUUUGUUCUGGCUAGCAUGUGAAGAAUUUAAGAAGACACAGGGAAAAAAACAGAUGCAAGAAAAAGCUAAAGAAAUUUACAUGACUUUCCUGUCCAGUAAAGCUUCCUCCCAAGUCAACGUUGAAGGGCAGUCCCGUUUGAAUGAGACCAUUUUGGAGACACCUCACCCUCUCAUGUUUCAGAAGCUCCAGGACCAGAUAUUCAAUCUCAUGAAAUAUGACAGCUACAGCCGCUUCUUAAAGUCAGACAUAUUCCUAAAUCAUAAGAAGUCUGAGGAGCAAGAGGAGAAUUCACCAGAGGCUCAGACUGCAGCUAAAAGAGCAUCAAGAAUUUACAACACAUGAUACAACGAAUCUCUUCAGGAGAGGCAAUACAGUAACUAAAUUACACUCAGGAACAGUCUAGGUUUAUAGCAGUCGCAUUUAGGGCUUGAAAAGCUCAAAACUUUUUU